AAAGGGCGUGUCAAAUAAAACCACGCCUAUUUUUAUUAAUUAGUUUUUAAAGUUGCUGCAUAGAAAGGGCCGUUUCUCUUUCUAAAUCCAAGAUGCUGUCUUGCUUUUUAUGGAUCUUCUCUUUUACCAUUUCUUUCACUGCAUAUUCAAUAUCACAAAUGUCGCAGCAUGCAGCCAAUGGACCACCAAUAACCAACACAGAUGACGCCAUUUUUUAUGAUCCUGAAAGAGUAUUUGCUCCAUCGUCGCUCGAUGACAUCAGAGGACUGAUACACAAAGCUCGUAAGAACGGUCACAAAGUUCGGCCAUUGGGAUCAGGACAUUCAUGGAACACUAUGGCGGUAUCAGACGACAUAUACAUAUCAUUGUAUAACUACCGUGGACUGGUGAACGUUGAUACUGACAGGAAGCAGAUUACUGUUCGUGGUGGUACUAGACUAUGGGAGCUGAACAGGUAUGCUAGCAAGUAUGGGCUAGCAAUGACAAUAUUACCAUCAAUAACUAACCAAACUAUUGGAGGAGCUAUUGCAACAGGCACUCAUGGCAGUGGAAUCAAGUAUGGGAGUCUGUCAAGUUUUGUAGUUGAGUUGGAACUUAUCACUGGAACAGGAAAAAUAUUAACAUUAAAAAGGAAUGACACUAGGCUGUUUGAUGCUGCUGGCGUCAGUCUCGGUCUUCUUGGCAUAAUCACUAAAGUGACACUCCAAUGUGAAGAAGCUUUCAAUCUACUGGAAGUUAGACAUACUUAUUCCCUUCAGCAUUGCCUGGAUCAGUAUAAGGAUAUCGUUGGAAGUUCACAAUAUGUGAAGUUUUGGAUUGAGUUCAAUUCAAAGGCUUGUGCUGUAUACACAGUUAAUAGGACAACUGAGGAGCCUAGAAAUAGACCACCUCAACCUCUUAGUGAUAUAUUGACAGUAAUUUUAGAAUUGUUUCAGCUUUUCUUCUCAGUAUUUCCAUCAACGGCCAAUACUGGAAUGAAGCUGUUAUUCAAAUACGCAGACGUUCUUCCAAACCAAAUUAGAACUGAUUAUAGUUUCAAUGUCCUCCCCAUUCCCAAUUACAUUGAUGAGUAUCACACAGAGGCUGAAUUUGCUGUCCCCUAUGAUGACUGCUCUAGAGCUAUUAGUGAUGUUCUGAGAGUGAAGGAUGAGCAUAACAUACCACUGAAUCACAUUAUAGAGGUACGUUUUGUGAAGGGUGAUAGUUUCUGGCUGAGUAAUGAAUACCAGAGGGACAAUUGUCACGUUACGCUGUUGCUGCAUAAUCCAAGUGAUUAUUACACUCGCUUGUAUUUUAAUACUUAUUAUCAAAUUGUGCUGAAAUAUGGUGGAAGGCCUCACUGGGGCAAAGUACUGGCUAUGUCACCCGAUGAAGCAAGAAGGCUUUAUCCCAAGCUUGAUGAGUUUAUUGAAGUCUAUCGUAAACUUGACCCUGAUAGAAUAUUUGCCAAUGAUCUUUUAGAAAGCAUACUAGGAGUUUAAAUCAAAUUCUGUACAGAAAAAUUAUUUUAAUAAUUUUUUUGACUAUUAUUUUAAAUAAAUUUUUGAAUAUU